AUGGCGAUGAAGGAGCUGAAGAAAUCUUCUGUAAUUCGCCUCAAUAUCGGAGGAAACAAAUUUUGCACAAGUGUUGAUACUCUAACUCAGCGUGAGCCUAACUCAAUGCUUGCUGCAAUGUUUAGUGGACGCCAUAAUAUUGCGUGUGAAGAAGACUGUGAAAAGGGGUAUGUUUUUAUUGACAGGGAUGGCACACAUUUUCGGCACAUCCUUAAUUGGUUAAGGGAUGCUACUGUUCCUUUGUUAGAAGAGCGUUGUAAAUAUUCAGAGCUUUUGAGAGAGGCAGAAUAUUUUCAACUAGUUGGUCUAACAGAGGAAAUACACGCUUUUCUAAACAAGGAGGACGAUCAAAUUGCAAAGUUGGAUGCAGAUUUAACGCGCAGGGAUAUCAUCAACUUUAUACUAUCUAAUGCUACAAUAAUGAAGUUUAGAGGUUUCAAUCUCUCUGGCCUUGAUCUUUCGAAACUAGACUUGACGAAGAUAGAUUUCAGUUAUGCAUGCCUGAGAAAUGUGUGUUUCUCAGGUUGUGAUCUUACACGCGUAAAAUUUAAAUAUGUGGAUGCCGAGGGUGCCAUCUUUAACAAUGCUACUUUGACAAAUUCUGAAUUUGUAGGAGCAAAUCUCCGUGACGCUUCGUUUGUUGAUGCCAAGCUUAGCUUUGCAGAGGUAGACAGUGCAUGCUUGGUAAAUUGUAGCUUUUUGAGAGCAAUCUUGGAUAAUGCACAGCUUUAUAACUCUGAUCUUACAAAUGCUAAUUUUAGGGAUGCAAAUCUUAUAGGUUCUUACGUACAAGAUGUGAAUUUGCAACAUUUGGUGGGUGCAAAUCUUGGCGUUGUUACUGCCUACCCAGACGAAAUUCGUUGA